CGACAGCCUAGCAGCGGCAGAGUACUAGCUCCUUAGUACCUCACGCCUGCGUGAAGCAGCUGGGGCUGGCUCACAGCCUAGGCUGGGCAUCACCGUGUGUGUGACCCAGGACGAAGUCUCUCCCUGUGUGCCCGCGGGCACUUGACGGGCGUCGUUUGUCCAGUCUAGGGAAGGGCGACAAUAGAGCAAGUUGGGGUGUAAACUGGGCGGGAGCGGUCGGACAGAGCUGUUUCCCAGGGUGUGGGUUCCUGGGGUCGCAGUGCGAAGGAGGCCCCGGCUUGCGGGAAUGUGAGUUUGGGGCGCGCGGUCCUGUAGGGGAGCAGGGCGAGCUGACAGGAGGGCGGGGAGGGCUGCUCUCGCUCGGGCGGGAGCCUGCUGGGUCGGUCCCGGAGCAGGGGCGGAGACCGCUGCGGCCGGCGGCCCCUUUAAUCGGGGGCGCGCGCCGGCCGGCCCGCGCGCUCUCGCCGCCGUCACCGGGCCGGAGCGGGAGCCGGCGCCGAGCCGAGGCCGGAGCGGGAGCGAUGGAGCCCUCGCGGGCGUCGGCGCUGCGCCGUCUGCUGCCGCCGCUGCUGCUCCUGCUGCUGCCCCUGUCCCCCCGCGCCCGCGCCAAGUACGUGCGGGGCAACCUCAGCUCCAAGGAGGACUGGGUGUUCCUGACAAGAUUCUGCUUCCUCUCCGAUUAUGGCCGACUGGACUUCCGAUUCCGGUACCCCGAGGCCAAGUGCUGUCAGAACAUCCUCCUCUAUUUCGACGACCCGUCCCAGUGGCCAGCUGUGUACAAGGCAAGGGACAAGGACUGCUUGGCCAAGGAGUCGGUGAUCAGGCCGGAGAACAACCAGGUCAUCAACCUCACCACGCAGUAUGCCUGGUCAGGCUGUCAGGUGGUGUCAGAGGAUGGAACCCGCUACCUCAGCUGCUCCAGUGGCCGCAGCUUCCGCUCGGUGCGGGAGAGAUGGUGGUAUAUCGCACUCAGCAAGUGUGGGGGAGAGGGGCUUCAGCUGGAGUACGAGAUGGUUCUCACCAACGGCAAGUCCUUCUGGACACGGCACUUCUCGGCUGACGAGUUUGGGAUCCUGGAGACAGACGUGACCUUUCUCCUCAUCUUCACCCUCAUCUUUGUCCUCUCCUGUUACUUUGGUUAUUUGCUGAAAGGCCGACAGUUACUCCACACAACAUAUAAAAUGUUCAUGGCCGCGGCAGGAGUGGAGGUCCUGAGCCUCCUGUUUUUCUGCAUCUACUGGGGCCAAUAUGCCACGGAUGGCGUUGGCAAUGCAAGCGUGAAAAUCCUGGCCAAGCUGCUCUUCUCCUCCAGCUUCCUCAUCUUCCUGCUCACGCUCAUCCUUCUGGGGAAGGGAUUCACGGUGACACGGGGCCGCAUCAGCCACUCGGGCUCCGUGAAGCUGUCUGUGUACAUGACCCUGUACACCCUCACGCACGUGGUGCUGCUCAUCUACGAGGCAGAAUUCUUCGACCCGGGCCAGGUCCUGUACACAUACGAGUCCCCGGCGGGCUACGGGCUGAUUGGGCUGCAGGUCGCGGCCUACGUGUGGUUCUGCUACGCCGUGCUGGUGUCCCUCCGCCACUUUCCGGAGAAGCAGCCCUUCUACGUGCCCUUCUUUGCCGCCUACACCCUCUGGUUCUUCGCUGUUCCUGUCACGGCUCUGAUCGCCAAUUUCGGGAUCCCGAAGUGGGCUCGGGAGAAGAUCGUCAACGGCAUCCAGCUGGGAGUGCACCUGUACGCCCACGGCGUGUUCCUGAUCAUGACCCGACCGUCGGCGGCCAACAAGAACUUCCCGUACCACGUGCGCACCUCGCAGAUCGCCUCCGCGGGGGUCCCUGGGCCGGGAGGGAGCCAGGCCGCGGACAAGGCCUUCCCGCAGCACGUCUACGGGAACGUGACGUUCAUCAGCGACUCGGUGCCCAACUUCACGGAGCUCUUCUCCAUCCCCCCGCCCACCUCCUCCCCCCUGCCCCGAACGGCUCCGGGAUCCGGGCUUCCGCUGUUCCGCGACCUCCGCCCCCCCGGCCCCCGCCGAGACCUCUGACCCCGCGGGACUCCGGGACCGCCGAGACGACGCCUGGACCCUUCCCGUGACUCUCCAGGGCCCCGCGGCCCUCGGGCCACCGUUCGGGGACGGAGACCUCGGACCCGGGCCCCCCCCCCCUCCCGUGGCUCCCGGCAGCGAGACGUCGUCUCUUCUUGCCAAAAUAAAGAGGAUUCGUUCAGUUUUUACCUACAGCCCGGUUUCUCUUCCGUCUUAAUUUAAAACUAAUAAUGACAGGGAUAGAGCAAGGCCGCGUGUCUGCGGCGCGCGUGGGGGGGGCGUGCGGCGCCGGAGGGGGGCGCUGCCGGGCCUGCGCCUCCGCGGGCGCGAGGCCUCGAACUCGGGUCCCCCGCGAGGAGGCCGCGCGUCUGGGCCGCCCGACCGGGCCUCCGGCUUCGUUCAC